ACUAAAUCAACAAUAUGUCCUUACGCUAGACAGACACUCUUCGCGUUAAAAUAUUUAGAGCAUUUAAAAUGUCUCAACAAACUCGUAAAGUCGUUAAACGGCAACCCGUUGCCGCAAGUGUACGCUGCAGUUUCUGUUUGUCAAAGUCGAAUAUAUUUUCAUUAUUUCCACUCGACCAGUUUCCACAUCCAUAUCCACAUUACUUAGUACACUUCAUCGAUAGUUACUUCGGUUUUGGACUGUCACCGGAAUCUGAUAAAGACUUCCAACUGUGUAAAAAAUGUAUCAAAACCAUGGAAUGCUUUGUUGCAUUUAGAAAUAAAUGCCGCCGCAAUUACUACCAGCAACAUGUGCGGAGAUCGAUGUGCAAACCGAAAGUUCCAGUGGAAGUGCAAGAAACAUUGCCUUCUUCUUCCCAUUUGAGCUCAACCGAGGUCGCGAAUCAACCGCACAACGUAAUGGUCAAACUAGAACCUACCGACGAUUGCGUUGCCGCUUCCGAUCGCCCUGGAACUUCGAAAAUGAAAUGUUCAUUACAGUUUCUACUAACCGGCGCAUCAGAGCACGCACAGAGCUCCCGGUUACUCAACGGAAACAAGGGUGUGAAGCGCCGAUCAGCAACUGUUCAAAAGAAAGACGCAAAGAAACCGGCAUUACAGCAAAAAGUUAUUGACAACUGGAAAAAGGGAGCAAAACAUAUACGGGUUAUCAUGAACCGCACUCGUCCAUCGGAUGAAAACAUGCCUUAUGUAGAAGAAAAACCUACGCCUUUAAAACUGUUAAAUCCAGCGGCAGCCUGUAACAAUGGCUGUGACUCUGGUCCUUCCAAGCUAAGCAACAUAGCUCUAAAGAGCAACCGUAAUGAAAACGUUAAUCCGUGCAUACGUUCGUGUGUGGUUAAAAUAGAAAAACUAAACAUUCGUAAGUUCGGUUACAUUUGUUAGAGCGCUACUUCAGAUCCAUGCUUCAUUGCAAAAUACAAGCAUUGGGUAUUGCCUUGCUGAUGAAAGACAGGCGAAAUAAUAUAAAAACCCUGUAGAAUGUCAUUACCAUUUGCAUUUUAUUAAUUUAUUUUACUUCAUCAAAAUAAAGUGUGCGAAUCGGGAGGCAAA